CGGGGCCGUGCUGUGCGCUGUGACUGGUGGCGGCCCCGGCGGCAGCUGCCGGCGUAAUAGGGCGGUCGACGGCUUCGAUAAGUUCCGUGGAGGCGGCAGUGGCGCCGACUACGUGUUGGGCGGCGGGAGCGGGCCCGGAACUUGGCGCUCAGCAUGCCGACGGUGGAGGAGCUGUACCGCAACUACGGCAUCCUCGCCGAUGCCACGGAGCAAGUGGGCCAGCAUAAAGAUGCCUACCAAGUGAUACUGGAUGGCGUGAAAGGCGGCACCAAGGAGAAGCGAUUAGCAGCUCAGUUUAUUCCAAAAUUCUUUAAGCAUUUUCCAGAACUGGCUGAUUCUGCAAUCAAUGCACAGUUAGACCUCUGUGAGGAUGAAGAUGUGUCAAUACGACGCCAAGCAAUUAAAGAGCUGCCUCAGUUUGCAACAGGAGAAAAUCUUCCAAGAGUAGCAGAUAUACUGACCCAGCUUCUGCAGACAGAUGACUCUGCAGAAUUUAAUUUGGUGAACAAUGCUCUAUUAAGUAUAUUUAAGAUGGAUGCAAAAGGAACGUUAGGUGGCUUAUUUAGCCAGAUUCUUCAAGGAGAAGACAUUGUUAGAGAAAGAGCAAUUAAAUUCCUGUCCACAAAACUCAAGACGCUCCCAGAUGAAGUGUUAACUAAGGAAGUUGAGGAACUCAUACUCACUGAAUCCAAAAAGGUCCUGGAAGAUGUGACUGGUGAAGAAUUUGUUCUAUUCAUGAAGAUACUGUCUGGGUUAAAAAGCUUACAGACAGUGAGUGGAAGACAGCAGCUAGUAGAGCUGGUGGCGGAACAGGCUGACCUGGAGCAGACCUUCAGCCCCUCAGACCCUGACUGUGUGGACAGGCUCCUGCAGUGCACACGACAGGCCGUGCCUCUCUUCUCUAAAAAUGUCCAUUCUACAAGGUUUGUGACAUAUUUCUGUGAGCAAGUUCUCCCUAAUCUCAGUACCCUGACUACCCCAGUGGAGGGUCUUGAUAUACAGUUGGAGGUAUUAAAAUUGUUGGCAGAGAUGAGUUCAUUUUGUGGUGACAUGGAAAAACUAGAAACAAAUUUAAGAAAACUCUUUGAUAAGUUACUGGAGUAUAUGCCUCUCCCUCCAGAAGAAGCAGAAAAUGGAGAGAACGCUGGUAAUGAAGAGCCCAAGCUGCAGUUCAGUUAUGUGGAAUGUUUAUUGUACAGUUUUCACCAGUUGGGCCGAAAACUUCCAGAUUUCUUAACAGCCAAAUUGAAUGCAGAAAAGCUCAAAGAUUUCAAAAUCAGGUUGCAAUACUUUGCACGGGGCCUUCAGGUUUAUAUCAGACAACUCCGAUUGGCUCUCCAGGGUAAAACAGGCGAGGCCUUAAAAACCGAGGAGAACAAGAUAAAAGUUGUUGCAUUGAAAAUAACAAAUAAUAUCAAUGUUUUAAUCAAGGAUCUCUUCCACAUUCCUCCUUCUUAUAAGAGCACAGUAACAUUGUCCUGGAAACCUGUACAGAAAGUCGAGAUUGGGCAAAAGAGAGCCAGUGAAGACACAAGUUCAGGUUCACCACCCAAGAAAUCUCCAGGAGGACCAAAAAGGGAUGCCCGACAGAUUUAUAAUCCUCCUAGUGGGAAAUACAGCAGCAAUUUGGGCAACUUUAAUUAUGAGCAGAGAGGAGCCUUCAGGGGAAGUAGAGGAGGCCGAGGCUGGGGAACACGAGGAAAUCGUAGUCGAGGAAGACUCUACUGAGUACGACAUCACAUUCUUCAGCAUUGUCAUGAGCUUAAUAUUCUUAAAUCUACUACUCAUUGGAUUGCCGGGGAUGUCCCUUUAAAAAAGACUGCUGCCUUCAGCUGAAAACUAAUGUUCUUUCUACCUUUGUAUGUAUGAUCUACUUUUGUAACAGACCAUGGUUGUGUCCAAGGUAAAACCACAACAAUAUUUUUGGAUGCUUUGUCUGCAGCCUUGACAUGUUUUUGCAAUAUCCUCAUUAUCAAACUUCAUCUUGUGAAUCUUGCUUUUAAACAUCUUGAUAAUUUGUUAUUGAGAACUGAGUCUAAUGGAAAUUUCAGUCUAGUUCAAGGUCUGGUAAAGUUCUUCACUUUUGAAAGGUUACUUAUUUUCCUCCCCAUUCUGUUAGUUUUUUGCCCAAUAUAUGGAGAAGAGUAAUAAUCAGUCUUAACCUUUUGCAUUCAUUGAUCUCUAAUGAAGCUGCUAGGCACUGUUGUCACAUUCAUUCCUACUAAGACUCAGAAGUUAAACACCAGCUUCUUACAGUGUGCGACAUUAGGUUUUUAGGAGGCAGUAAGUGCUUUGCAUUGCUUCCUUCACUCUUCUCCAUUUUUGGGGAUACAGCUUUUGAACACAGGGUCUUAUUAUUUGAAUGGGAGUACAUGUGCAUAAUAUACAUACAAACAUAAGCAUAUGUUGUGUGUAUAUAUGCAUGCUAUGGAACUUGAGUGUACAACAAAUCAAUAUUUUAAAUUCUAGGAAUGGGUCAUCUGACAUAGUGAUUAUCCUUUUGAGGCUAAAUCCACUAUUGAUUUGGUAUUUAGGUUUUUACCCCAGUAGGGAGGAAUUUGAGUCAGUCAUACUUACAUCAUUAUUAUUGUUUAAAACUAAAAACAAAGGCUGUUUUUCAGAGACAAAUAUGAAGACCCUUGUUGGUGAAAAACAGCCAGAUAUAGUGUACAUACAGGUUCCCACAGGAUGUGAUAGUGUAAUUUAGAAUUUGGAGACUUAAUAACCAGGGCUACCCAGGAAGUGACUUGAUGGCAUAGUACCAUUAAAUAAAAUGCUCAGUUUGCUUUUGCCACUUUCAAAAUUUAACUUCUCAGGUUAUUAAUCAGAUUAUUGUAUAAGUUAGCCAGUAGUCUUUAGAUUAAAACAACAAAUGGGAGGUUUGUGGAGUGUCUCAUGUCAUGGGCAUUUUAGUAGCCCAGACCCUUUGUUCUUCAUUUGAAUGUUUAUAUAUUUUUGUUCCACAGUUAAUUUUCCUUCCCCAAGUUUGCUAUUCAAAUCAGAUAUUCAGAUGUCAUUGCUAGUAGGUUUGUUAAUUUUUUUUUUUU